AUGUCGAUCGGCGCCGAGCUCGCAAUCGAGCCGGCAAAUCGCGUCGGGUACUUGUGCCCGCUCUUUGUCAAGGAGAACACGAUCCUCAAGAACCUCCAGAAGUUUGAGCGCAAUAACCACCUCGAGGACACGGCCGCGCCGCUUCCGGACCAGUGGUUUGAGAAACAGGUCCUUGACCACACCCACGACAAGUGCGGCGCGCCCACGUACUGGAAGCAGCGCUACCACGUCAACGACGCUUACUACAAGGGCGCCGGCUCGCCAGUCUUUUUGUACAUUCAUGGUGAGAACGUCGCGACGCCCGGCUACAUCACCAGCACUGGCAUGUACAUCGUCGCGGCCGCCAAGAAGUACGGCGCGCUCCUUGUCGCGCUCGAACACCGCUUUUACGGCAAAUCGCAGCCGACAUCGGGCAUGUCGACGGCCAACCUCGCCUUCCACACGUCCGACCAAGCGCUCGCGGAUCUCGCGACCUUCCAGGACUACUUUGCAGCGAACCGCAGCAUCCCGGCGUCGUCGCCGUGGGUCGCCUUUGGAGGCAGCUACCCCGGUAUGCUCGCAGCUUGGGCCAAGUUCAAGUUCCCGACGCGCUUUGCCGGCUCGAUUGCGAGCUCGGCGCCCAUCGACAUCAAGGCCGACUUUCACGAGUACAUGAGCGUUGUCGCGCGCGGCCUCAACACGCUCGGCGGCGACGCCUGCACGAACACGCUCGCGGAAGGCCUCAAACAGUUCCACGCGCUUGUCGCCAGCGACCAGCCGGACGACGUCGCGACGCUGCAAAAGCUGUUUAACCCGUGCUCGCCGAUGAAGACGGACCUUGAUAAGAUGGACAUCGAGGCCAACAUCAUGGGCGCGUACCAGAACCUCGCGCAGUCCAACGAUCAUCUGCCGUACGGCCUCAAGGCGGCGUGCGCCGACCUCACGGCAGCCAACGGUCUCUCGGCGCUCGAGAAGGUCGCCAAGAUCAACGCGCGCAGCUUCUCGGCGACCAACAACUGCACCGGCUCUAACUACCAGGCCGACUGGGUCGACGUGAUCUCGGGCACGACGACCGACACGGUGGGCAUCUACCGCCAGUGGACGUGGCAGACCUGCAACGAGUUUGGCUUUGGCCAGACCGCUGCCAAGAGUACGGGACCGUUUUCCGAGCUCAAAUAUGUGACCGCCGACCGUGUCUACUACCAAAUGCGCAAGGACGUCUUUGGCAUCACGGACGCGGACGCCCGCAUCGCCGCCAAGCGCGCUGACUUUCACGGUCUCGACAUCGACGUCGGCAACGUCAUCUGGUCCGGCGGUACCAUCGACCCGUGGUCGGCACUCGACUACCACAACCAGACGCAGCCCAAGAACCCGACGUCCAAGGUCGUCUUUAUUGAAGACACGUCGCACUGCGGUGACAUGAACGCGCCGUCCAAGGACGACUUGCCGUCGCUCGUCUGGGCCCACCAGCAAAUCGAUGCGGCAAUCGCAGGUUUUAUUAGCAAGUAA